AUGAGGUAAAACCCCCUGGGAAGAUUAAGUAUGUGGCAGCAGCGUCAGGUGCUUUGCUCCCUGUCAUUGGUGUUGGGAAUGCCAAGGUUAAGGGAGCUAAUGGGGAGCUUGUGGGGCUUGGGAAUGUUCUGCUGGUUGAAGGCUUGUCUGCUAACCUUCUCUCUGUGCGGCGACUGCAGAAGAGUAAGGCCGAAGUGACCUUUGGACCAACCAGCUGCCGUGCUAAGCUUGGGAAGAAGCUGUGAACAUGCUGAGGGCAUUUGGGUGCAUGGUGGUGUUUCAUGUGCCUAAGGAGAAAAGGGGGAAGUUGGAGGCUUCUGGAAGAUGGGGUGUGCACUUGGGGAUUGCAAAGGAUCACAAGGGGUGGCUGCUAUGGGACUUGACCACCCAGAAGCUGACAGUGUCAAGGGAUGUGAAGUUUCUUGAGUCCCUGCUGAAGAAGGCCAUCUAUGGCCUUAAGCAGGCGCCUCGUGCAUGGUAUCACAAGCUGGAGGAGGCACUGUUGGCUGGGGGUUUCAAGAAGAAUGUGGAGAAGGGUGUGCUGAGGUUGCACCAGAGGAAGUACUGUGAGGGGCUGGCUGAGAAGUAUGGGCUGCAAGAUGGGGGAAAGCCAGCAACACCACUGCCUUUGGGGUUUACUGUGGAGCCAUGUGCUGAUGAGGAGGUAGUGGGUGAGAGUGACAGGAAGCUGUUUCAUUCGAUGGUUGGGUCGCUGAACUAUGCUGCAAAUCAUACACGGCCUGACAUUGCAUUUGCUACAUCACGGUAUUUGUGAUGAUAGAUCUUGAGAAGAUCUUUCCGACGCAACAAGAAUCGCUUCAAUCGGAGCAAGAACGCGAAAGCUAUGAAGAUUCAAAGUUCAUGAGCUUGCGUUACAAUUGCGGCAGUUACAAAGUGAAGUUGUGGGGUGACUCUAUAUGGAGUUGGGACCUUUGGGGUUGGGGAAAUUUGUCACUCUACUGUAACAGCUGCAAAUUGGUUGGGAACAACCAAGCUAUGUUGGCAAGGGUGGCCAACUUGGAUGGAUUGGUUGGGAAGGGACAAAUGUCAAAGUUGGGGUUCCUAUAGGGGGGGAAUCUUUGUGCUUAUGGGGUUUCCUUGGUUGGGGACUCUCUUGGGACCUUCCCUCUCGUCCCUCUCUUCCCAUCCCAACCUUUCUCUUGCU